AGUAGCUUGCGGAGCUCCCAUCAUCAUCACCACAUAGAGGAAUCAUCACUGCUGGGCCGGUGCUGGCUGCCUAUCCGUAGGAAGCUAGAGAUGCUCGUGACAGGGACAUACUUCAACAGGUUUAUCACAAUUGCUAUUCUGCUCAACAUCCUAACCAUGGCCAUCGAGCACCAUGACCAGCCUGAGAUGUUGACGGAUGUGUUGAAGAUCUCUAACUUUGUCUUCACGGGUCUGUUUGGCCUGGAGAUGAUCCUGAAACUGGUGGCCUUGGGGCUUGACUACUUUCAGGACUGGAGCAACAACUUCGACUGUCUCAUAGUUAUCAUUAGUCUGUGGGAAUUGCAAGCUGAAAGUGACAGCAGGCUGUCGGUCAUGCGUGCGUUUCGAGCCCUGCGGUUCGGGAGGCUUGUGCAUUUCCUCCCCUACCUGUACAGACAACUGAUGGUGCUGAAGAGGACCAUUGAGGAGGCAGCCAUGCUCUGCUGGCUGCUGUUCUUCAUCAUCUUCCUCUUCAGCGUCGUGGGAAUGCACAUGUUCGGCUGCCUAAUUAAGGGAGACAUACGUGACUCCGGCAGCAAAAGCUUCGACAAGAUUGACCCGCGGAAAAACUUUGACGACCUCCUUUGGGCUAUGGUCACAGUGUUCCAGGUUCUGACGUUAGAAGAUUGGAACUUUGUCCUUUACAACUGCAUGGCCUCCACCUCACCAUGGACUGCCGCGUUUUUCGUGUUGAUUAUUAUUGUGGGGAAGAACGUGAUUCUCAACAUCUUGGUGGGGAUUGUUGUUCAGAACUUCCAGAACCAGCCCGAAGAUCACGCAACGCUUUCAGGAAUUCCUCUAAGCCCUGAACGUCGCCUGACUGUAAUUUCCGAACCUGACCAACUGAACGCUGAGUCCAGCUUUGAUCAGGUGCAGCAACUUCAAGUGGAGGAAGCCGGAGCUGUCCCGACUGACCAGGAGCUGCGAGCUCUAGGCUGGAAGCGCUGGUUCAAAGAGCAUGAAGAUUGGUCCUUCUAUGUGUUUUCUCCACAGAAUAGGUGGCGUAUAUUUUGCGACAAACUGGUGUCCCACAGGCAUUUCAACACGGCGAUCCAGCUCGUCAUUUUGCUGAACUGCAUUACUAUUGCUUUUGAGAGGCCUACCAUCCUGCCUGACAGCAAGGAACGAUUUUACUUGGAUAAAGCCAAUGACGCCUUCUCCGCCAUCUUUCUCAUGGAAAUGCUACUGAAGAUGAUGGCACAAGGACUGAUCAUUGGGAAAACCACCUAUUGCCACAGUCCCUGGAACAACUUGGACGGCUUUUUGGUAGUCAUAUCUGUAAUAGACAUCGCCAUCCUGCUGGGGACGAAGGAGGAAUCCUCCAGACCUCUGGCCAUCCUUAAAAUACUGCGUCURCUACGUGCGCUCCGUCCCCUCAGGAUGAUUGAACGGACCCCCCAACUGAGACUGGCCGUGGAGGCGCUGUUAGCUUCUGUUAAGCCCAUGGGAAACAUAAUCAUCAUUUGCGGCAUUUUCUUUUUCUUUUACGGUAUCCUUGGAGUGCAGCUGUUCAAGGGAAAGUUCUUUUACUGCCAUGGUUCCAAUGUAUCGAUGAUCGUCAACAAGUCGGACUGUCUCUCGUCCAAUUACGAAUGGUUGCUUAAGGAGUACAACUUUGACAACCUGGUUUCGGCUCUGAUAUCAGUGUUUGUCAUGUACUCCAAGGACGGCUGGGUCGAACUGAUGUAUGACGGGCUUGAUGCUGUUGGAGUGGACCAGCAGCCUAUUCCCAACUACAACCUGUGGAUGCUUCUCUACUUCAUCUCGUUCAUCCUGAUGAGCUUUAUAUUGCUCGACAUGUUCAUUGGGGUGAUGGUGGAGACGUUCCACAAAUGCCAACGGGAGCAGCGGAUAGCUCAUAGACCCAAGUCAAGGGCGCCCUCUGUGAUCGAAGAGGACGCGUUUUUCCUUCAGUAUUCCACUACACGUCGAAGAAUACACACCGUGUGUACCAGUCCUGCUCUGGAGUACUCCAUUACGACCUGCAUCUUCCUCAGCAUGUUUGUGAUGGGAGCAGAACACUUCCAGCAGCCUAAGUAUAUAUCAGUUCUUUUAGAGUGGGUCUUCUACAUCUUAACCCUCUUGCUGAUCGUUGAAAUCAUGCUGAAGGUCGUCGCAUUUGGCAUUGUGAGGUACCUGAAAGACAGCUGGAACAUGCUGGACAUUUUUGUCGUCCUGAUUUCUAUGAUCAGCGUUAUUGUGGGCCAGGUGAAGUUCCACGAGAAGAUCCCAAUCAAUAUGGGCAUCUUCCGUGUGGUGAGAGUCCUCAGGCUUGCACAAGUUCUCAAGACCACAAAGAUCAAAGUUUUGCUCAAAACCAUCAUCAGCACUCUAUCGCAGGUCGGAAACAUCAGUCUCUUGUUCAUGUUUUUCUUCUUCAUCUAUGCUGCGCUUGGAGUAGAGCUCUUUGGCAACAUCGCAUGCUCCAUAGACUUCCCUUGCCUCGGCCUGCACCGCCUCAGCGACUUCAACAACUUCAUGCUGGCCUUACUGACGCUGUACAAAGUCAGCACAGGAGAUAACUGGAGCGGCAUCCUGAAGGUACGCAUGAACACCGUGACUUAUUGA